UUGGCUCAAUAGGAACAUGCUAUGCCAGGUGUACUUAAAGGCUUUACCAAAGUUGGCAUGAGUUAUGUGUGACGAGUUAUAGAAUCAAGAUUUGUUGACCCAAGUUCCCUGUAGUGUUGAUAAGAUUUCGUGCCACUCUAACUUGCAUUCAAUUAGUAAAAUGGCUGCUAAUGCCACUCAAAACCAUGAUGCGGUGCUGCAAGACUUAAGAAAACAGCUCGCGGUGGCUGUUAGAAGUAUCCAGUGGAGCUAUGCAAUUUUCUGGUCAUCAUCAACUUCACAACAGGGGCUGCUGGUGUGGGGUGAUGGAUACUAUAACGGAGACAUCAAGACUAGGAAGACUGUCCAAGCCCUGGAAAUUAAAGCUGAUAAAAUAGGUUUACAAAGGAGUGAGCAACUAAGAGAGCUUUAUGAGUCUCUUCUGGAAGGAGAAAGUGAGCAGGCUAAUAAAAGGCCAUCUGUUGCAUUGUCUCCAGAGGAUCUCACGGAUGCAGAGUGGUACUACUUGGUUUGCAUGUCCUUUGUAUUCAAUACUGGCCAAGGUUUGCCAGGAAGAGUGUUUGCAAAUGGUGAAACCAUAUGGCUAUGUAAUGCUCAAUAUGCAGACAGUAAAGUGUUUUCACGCUCUUUGUUGGCCAAGAGUGCAUCUAUUCAGACUGUCGUAUGUUUUCCUCAUCUUGAUGGUGUGAUUGAGCUUGGUGUCACUGAAUUGAUCCCGGAGGAUCCAAGUCUCCUUCAACAUGUCAAAGCUUCCUUAUUGGACUUCUCAAAGCCUGUUUGCUCUGAGAAAUCUUCAUCUCCUUCUCACAAUGCAGAUGAUGAUAAUGAUCCAAUUUGCACCAAGAUCAGCCAUGAGAUAGUAGAUGCAUUGACUUUGGAGAGCCUAUAUUCUUCCAGAGAAGAAAUCAAAUUUGAUUCUGAGGGAGCUGAUGACUUACAGGGAAAUAUCAAUGAAGAAUUUCACUUGGAUUCUCCUGAUGAACGUUCGAAGGGCUGUGAGCACAAUCACCAGACUGAAGACUCCUUCAUGCUUGAAGGUAUUAAUGGUGGGGCUUCUCAAGUUCAGAGUUGGCAUUUCAUGGAUGAUGACUUCAGCAAUGGCCUACCAGAUUCCAUGAACUCAAGUGAUUGUAUAUCUGAAGCUUUUGUGCAUCAAGCAAAGGUUGCUUCUUCUCCAAAGCAUGAAAAUGUGGGAAAUUUUCAAUUGAAAGAACUUCAAGAUGGCAAUCAUACGAAGCUAAGUUCCUUAGAUCUUGGAGCAGACGAUGACUCACAUUACAAAAAAACUCUUUCAGCUAUUUUGGCAAGUUCAAAUCGUUUGACUGAAAACCUGUGUUUUUUUGGUUGUGGUAACAAAUCCAGCUUUAUGAGUUGGAAGAAAGUAGGAAAAAUUGAUGGUCAUAGGCUACAAGUCCAGCAAAGCAUAUUAAAACAGAUUUUAUUUACUGUUCCUUUGAUGUAUGGAGGUUGCCCUCAUAAGUCACAGAAGGAAAUCUGCAGAAAAAAUUGGCGUACAACAAUAGAAAGUGAUGAUUUUUGCACUGGACAUGUUUCAUCAUCAGAUAAGAGAAGAGAGAAUGAAAAAUUUAUGGUCCUAAGGUCAAUGGUUCCAUCUGUUUGUAAGGUUGACAAAACAUCAAUUCUCAAUGACACUAUUAAAUACUUGAAAAAGCUUGAGGCUAGAGUAGAAGAGUUGGAAUCCUGCAUGGACUCAGCUGUUGAUUUUGAGGCAAGGCCUAAAAGAAAUCACCCAGAUAUGGUAGAGCAGAUAUUUGAUAACUAUGACAACCAAAAAAUUGAUAAUGGAAGGAAGCCUUGGAUAAACAAGAGGAAGGCCAGUGAUAUUGAUGAAACUGACCUACAAAUCAAUAAAGUUGUUCUCAAAGAUGGCCCGCCAUUGGAUGUGAAAGUCAGCAUUAAAGAGAAAGAGGUUCUGAUUGAGAUGAGAUGUCCAUAUAGAGAAUUCAUAUUACUUGAUAUCAUGGAUGCUAUAAACAAUCUGCACUUGGAUGCCUACUCAGUGAUAUCGGCAAAUCUCGAUGGCAUUCUCACGCUGGCACUUAAAUCUAAGUUUCAAGGGGCAGCCGUCGCACCAGCAGUGAUGAUUGAACAAGCUCUAUGGAAGGUUGCUGGAACACCAGCCUAUUAUGUCAUUGUACAAAUUGGAACUCAAGUGCAUAAAAGCAAAGUAUCAUCAGCUAAAGGUGGGAAGGCCUGGUGGAAUGAGAAAUUCAGAUUCGUGUUCCCUCAAUCUGAUUGGAGAAAGUUCACCCAUAUCAAAUUUAGAAUUAUGGACGUGAAAUCAUUCACAGACAAUGGAUUUGUUGGCGAAACCAUAUAUUACCUUGGUGGAAUAAUUAGUGAAGGCAAUGACAAAGGAUUGAUUGAAGUGAACCCAGCUCCACAUAAUGUAGUGCUUGAAGAUGACACCUACAAAGGACAGAUUAAGGUCGGAUUCAAAUUCAUCAUGAAAGAAGAGAAGCUCAUGCAGACCAGAGAAUUUAAUAUUGUACAGGAGAAUUUACCAAGAAAAUCAAGUUAUAUCUUCCUUGUUAAUCUUUGGAAAAAGACAUGGUUUAGGUUACUACACUACCGGAAUCGAACGAAUUCGAAAAAUGCCUAAAGGAAACAUAGGAGGAGAAGCAUGGUUCACAUUCUAAAUUUGUAACAAUAAAGCUGGGCUAAUGCCAUUGUAAUCAAUAAGAUCUUAUUGCUUUCGAGGCUUGAUUUAGUUUUCUUUGUUGUUCUCUGUCAACCAACAUCAAGAUUCUGAAAUGAUAAAACAUGGCCUUGAUGAAA